CAUCAACGAGCUGAAUUCAUCAUCUCUCUCCGUCCUGCAUUUCAUGGCAAGGGAUUCGGUACCAAAGCUGUAAACUGGUUGGUCACUGUUGGCUUCCAAAGGGCAAACUUACACCGGAUUGAGGGGUCAUACAACAUGGGUAAUAUCCCUGCCGAAAAGUGCUAUAAGAAACUUGGUUUCAAGAUUGAAGGGGUCUGGCGUAAACACACAUGGGCUGAUGGAGAAUGGGUUGACAUUGUCAACAUGUGA